AUGGAUAUCAACAGUGAUGAGAGCGAGGAUGUUCCCAUAAUGAACCUCGAAGAAGUCGAUUCACUGGAUGCCAUUGUCAUCAUCGACAAUGAGCUGGAUCCGCUGUCGCCCCCAGCGCCAGAUACAGUGCAGGUCACUGGGAACCUGGGCACCGUCGCCAUGAUGUCCAAGCACACAUUGACUGACCGUGGAGGCGCAUGGAAGGAGCUCAAAUUAGAAGAUGUGUGCUGCUCAGCUCAUGGUCUAUCAAUUCUUGUCACAGCCACGAAAGGCGAUAAGAAACAUGCUAUUCUCUUUGAUGCUGGGCCUGAAGAAGAUGCUUGGCAACGAAAUGUGAAUCGACUGCGACCUAAUCUCUCCUCGGUGGAAGUCAUCCAGCUAUCUCAUUGGCAUCGAGAUCACUCCGGUGGUCUCCCAAAAGCAAUUCGCAUGAUCAAUGAGGCGAAAAAGGCCCAGGGCCGCACAGACGAGCUUAUCGUUGACCUGCAUCCCGAUCGACCGGUAUACCGGGGUAUUGCUCUGCCGGAAGUGACGAUAUCCCUCGAGGCAGACCCGACCUUUGAGGAAUUGGAGAACGCAGGCUCAUCUGUCGAUAAGCGAGCUGAGCCACACACGGUGUUGGAUGACUUCUUUCUCAUUUCAGGGGAGAUUCCACGAGUCACACCGUACGAGACAGGUCUGCGAAAUGCAGUACGAUAUGAUCCCGAUGAGAACGAUUGGUUCUCGGAUGAAAGCAUCACCGAUGAACGAUCUCUCAUUUGCAACUUAAAGGGUGCGUGGAUCUCUCUGUGGCCUGAUAAUCGCAUACUAACACACCCGCUAGGCAAAGGCCUGGUCGUAUUCACAGGAUGCAGCCAUGCAGGUGUAGUAAACACAGUGAAGCACGCCUUGCAACUCACUGGUGAAACGGUGCCUGUUCAUGCCGUAGUCGGCGGGUUUCAUUUGGCCAUGAGCGAACCAGAUCAAAUCGAGAGCACAGUAACCGACUUGAAGAAGCUUGAUCCAGCAGUCCUAAUGCCUGGCCACUGUUCAGGUUGGCGAGCUAAGUUUGCCAUUGAGAAACACAUGCCUGGCUCAAUGGUCCCAUGUACCGUAGGAUCAAGAAUCGCGUUCUAA